UUGCGAGGCGCAUCACUUUGAGAACUAUUUAUUUUUAUUAUUCUAUAUUCAAAACAAAUAUGAAACUGUUCAUUGUAGCCACGGUUCUCGGAGUCUGCUCAGCAGCCCGCCUGGAUAACGCCUACCUACCUCCAAGAGGAAGUUCUGGUGCAGGCUACAGUGGCGGUGCUGGAGUCGGCGGCUUCAACGGCCCGAACUUCGGUAGAGGAGGUGCGGGUGGGGCUGGAUUUGGGGGCUCCGGUGCCGCUGGAUUUGGGGGCGCUGGAAGUUCUGGGUUCGGAGGUGGUGCUGGGAAUUCUGGAUUCGGAGGUGGCGCUGGGUUCGGAGGAGGUGCUGCGGCGGGAGCUGGCGCGGGAGGUUACCAAGGAAACUUCGGAGGCAGAAGUAAUCCAGCUGACGCCAACGCACAAAUCUUAAGGCUUAACAACGAAGUCACAGCUGAAGGCUUCUCCUACGACUUCGAAACCUCGAACGGUAUCCGCGCUGACGCAUCUGGAGUCGCCACUAACGGUGUACAGUCCCAAGGAAGCUUCUCAUACAAGGGUGACGAUGGUCAGGAUUACAGCAUAACUUAUACUGCUGAUGAGAAUGGAUACCAACCAAGGGGUGCCCAUUUGCCCACACCUCCUCCCAUCCCAGAGGAGAUCUUGAAGUCUCUUGAGCAGAACGCCCGUGAUGAAGCCGCUGGUAUCAUCGAUGAUGGUUCUUACCGCGGUGAGGGUGCCAACGGCGUUGGAGCUGGUGCUGGCGCUGGCGGUUACUCCGGUUCCGGUGGACAAUACGGCGCUCCUUCUCGCGGCUUUGGCGGCUCAACCGGCAGCUCUGGUUUCGGUGGCUCCUCCAGCGGUUCAGCCUUCGGCGGAUCAGGUGGAUCAGGUUUCGGUGGUUCAUCAGGCUUUGGAUCAUCGUCAUCUUUCGGUAACGCUGCAUCCAGACAAUACUUGGCGCCCAACGCUGGUUCUCGUGGAUCCGGUAACGGUAACUUCAACUCCCAGACUGGUUACCGAUACUAAAUAAUGGAUUAUUGAUUGUACGAAGUUAGCUACUUUUUCCUAUUUGUAUUUCCUUUAUUGCUCCAGAGAGGUGAUGUUAUAUUGAAACCACCGAACAUUGGUGUUUGUUAAACGCACUAAAACUACACUAAAAAAAGUUCAUUCUCAUCUAAUAAGAAUAAUCUUGUAUUUUAUGUAGUCCAGAGAAAUAAGUUGACUCUUAAUAUUAUCCUCGAUAUUUAUUACAUUCAACUUGGUUAUUUAACUUUUCCCAUCUAUCCUCCAUUGUCCUUUUAACUCCUAUUUUUAACUUAACCAAGCUUUAAUUUAGUUUAGGUUUAGUGCGAUUAAAUUGACACAAAAACAUCACUAAUCUGGAUGUAAAUUUGACGUACCAAAGUUCUGGUUUGCUCUGAAUGGAGAGAUUCGCAAAUGCAAUGCAAGUAGAUUAAAAAAACGUGUUCAAAGCAAGCUAGAAGUUCGGCAAUUUUAUAUGAAAAAUGUGGCUAAUCAAUCAAUUUGUUCUUUGUUAUUUUAUUUGUAGCGAAAACGACUUAAGCUGUGAAACGUUUAUGUGAUGCUUUGUAUAAAUGCUAGGCAGUUGAAGAACUUGGCUAUACACUGCCGUGCGCUGACUUUAAUACUCAUUUCGUCUGUUUACAUGUCCCCUCUUGCCUGUCAAUUCAUUUAUGAUCUCAUUAACACAUCGCUUGUCGCACAUUUGUAAAUUAACGUCAACGUCUCAACCGAUAGACGUCUACUUUUUUACAACCUAUCUCUUGAACAAUUUCAAUUAUCCCAACAACUCCUUGCGACUCAUUUAUUGUCAUCAGUCCAACUCUUUCUGCUGACGUCACUUCUUCUACUACGACUUUAGUGGCUCAAUGACUAGAAGAUAUUUUUUCAACAUCAAAAGCAAAUCUUGCUUAUUUUAUUUGGAAGCCUCGUCCUUAAAAGCUUCAUAUAUCCGUGGCUACCUAGAGCAUCCCUCAGGGAUUUUUUUCUUUCCCUUUCACAACAUGAUCUUCUUUCAUAAUCUAUAACUUUUUAGACAUGUGACAUUUAUAUGGCAUGUCUCAUAAAUUAUUUGGGGUUAAACCCAAAUUUAGGUUUUAUUCUCUCUGGUCUUACAAUGUCCUCAGCCACAAACCACGCUUGUGACUUUUUGAUGUCGUGCAUAGAAAUUUAUUUUACUCUUUAAAGAUUUUAUGUUGGAAUAGGACUUCUUGCAGACACGUUGUAUGGAUUUAAAAUUUCACGUCGUGCAUUUCUCAGUGGAUAAUUUUGGCGUAUAUAAAUGUGCAAUUGGCUUUUCCCUCUAAAGUUCUCUUCUUGUUAAAUACUUGUUAGUUGAUAAGUCUUAGUUCGUACGCGGCUAUGUAAAUGGACAGUACUAGGGCGUAAGAUGAAAAAUGUAUGAAAAAAAAUAUAUGCGAGCAAACAUGUACGUAGUUGUA